GGACGCCAUCUAAAACCGGAAGUGUGUUUUGUCUGAUUCUAAGGUUCGGAAGUGUGGGGUUCUAUGGAAGAGAUGUCAGGAGAGAGCGUGGUGAGCUCCGCGGUGCCGGCGGCUACAACACGGACCACCUCGUUCAAGGGUUCGAGUCCCAGCUCCAAAUACGUCAAGCUGAACGUGGGGGGAGCGCUGUAUUACACCACCAUGCAGACCCUCACCAAGCAGGACACCAUGCUGAAGGCCAUGUUCAGUGGGAGGAUGGAGGUCCUCACGGACAGCGAAGGCUGGAUCCUCAUUGACCGGUGCGGGAAGCACUUUGGGACCAUUUUAAACUACCUGAGGGAUGGCGUGGUGCCUUUGCCAGACAACCGGAGGGAGGUUGAGGAGCUCUUGGCCGAGGCCAAGUACUACCUGGUGCAGGGGCUGGUGGAUGAAUGCCAGGCUGCUUUGCAGAACAAAGAUGCAUAUGAACCUUUCUGCAAAGUCCCGCUGGUGACAUCGUCUAAGGAGGAACAGAGACUCAUUGCCACCUCAAAUAAGCCGACCGUGAAGCUGUUAUACAACAGGAGCAACAACAAAUACUCCUAUACCAGCAAUUCUGAUGACAACAUGCUGAAGAACAUUGAGCUGUUUGAUAAGCUCUCUCUGAGAUUCAAUGGACGUGUCCUGUUCAUCAAAGAUGUGAUCGGGGACGAGAUCUGCUGUUGGUCAUUCUACGGGCAGGGCCGCAAAAUCGCAGAGGUGUGCUGCACCUCUAUUGUCUACGCCACAGAGAAGAAACAGACAAAGGUGGAGUUCCCAGAGGCACGUAUCUACGAGGAGACGCUCAACAUCCUCCUGUACGAGUCGCAGGACGGCCGCGGGCCGGACAACGCCCUUCUGGAGGCCACAGGGGGCGCUGCCGGCCGCUCCCACCACCUGGACGAGGACGAGGAGCGCGAGCGUAUCGAGAGGGUGCGGCGCAUCCACAUCAAACGGCCCGACGACCGCACGCACCACCACCAGUGACCUCUCGCUUUCUCCUCUCCUCCGUCGGUGACCUUUGGUCCCUGUGAUUCCGUCUACACCCUCUCUCUCACUUCCUCUGCGGCUGUGCCUUAGAACCACCAGCUCUUCUGCCCCCCUUCCUCCUUGUCCUGCCUCUCUCUCUCUCUCUCUCUCUCUCUCUCUCUCUCUCUCUCUCUCUCUCUCUCUCUCUCUCUCUCUCUCUCUCUCUCUCUCUCUCUCACACACACACACACACACACGCAGGCAGGUUUGCAAUUGCCUUUUGUCCUGCAGUCAAACCUGAGGUAGCUGCAGGUCAUUUAACAGAUGGGGAAGCAUCUAGGCCAAGGCUCUGAGGAAAGAUCGCAGUUAUAUGUUUGCUUUUGUUUUGUUUUGUCUUCUGUUACAGUGAACAGUGAUAUUUUCGACUUGACAAAAGCCGACUUGACUAUUUUGUUAGCAAAAACAUAGGCCCCACGCAAGGACAUUUUGUUAUAUCUAAAAAAUGUUAUUAGAAAGAAAAUAAAGCUGCCAUCCAGUGUGCAGUGACUGUGCAUUAGUCAUUAGACUGAUAGAUGGACCGAUCUGAUGUGCUGUCUAUGGUAGGGAGAGCAUUGUGCAAUCUGGGUUAACCUGACAUUUUACUAGAUGGAUUUACAGCUAGCCUCAAUAACACAUUGUUUACAGCUAGUCUCAAUAGCAUAAUGGUGAUUUUGGCAUUGUGUUUUCAUGGGGUCCAACUUUACAGGCAAACAAAUUCCAUUGGUUUCAGGACAGUAAAACAUGAGCUAAAUCGAGCUACUUUCACUGUUGUACUGUAGUGCUAAAUAAUUAAUAGAUGCAGGCUGUGGAGGGACUAUGUCAAAUACGUGAGUUGCUCAAUAGCCUGACUAUUCCAUCUGUCCCGAUAUAUAGAGUGGCUAGAGUCUUUGCGCUAUUGUCUUCAGUCUAAUAUGUAGGUGUGCCUCAGAGCCACUUGUGCUUUCAGCGUGAUUUCAAUUUGAUCACUUUUGCAUGUUUUUGUGUUGUCUUUUAUGUUUUUUUUUUUUUUUUUUUUUUGUCUGAGUGACCUAAUUGUACUUGUUGUAUUCGCGUGUGUGCGCAUAUGUUCCAACGGUUUUGUGGUUUCGAAUGUAUUUCUGUGAGAAGUGCUGUAGUAUGCUGAAGGUGAGAUGUUUCUCACCAUCUCUCUUGUAUGCACUGAGGUGGAGUACAGCUAGUUUUACCUCUGGAGGGAGAAAAUAUGUUUGUUUUUGUUGUGUGUUUUACCUUUUUUAAAGAAUGAUUUAAGAAGUAUUAUUGAAGUUCUGGUUUGUACACACUGUGGUCUUGGUCAAACCUUGUAGAACAACCAGAGUCAUUAAAUUAAGUAUGUAUGUCAUGCUCAUCUAAAACACAUCCAAAUUAUGACGUGAGCGAGGCUAUGAACAUAUCAAAGUCUGAAAAAUGAUUUCAAUUAUUGAAGAUUUUCCAACUUGGAUGUGCUGUGUCCACAGGCAGCUAGUGGUGGUUUGGCCUCUAGAGGGCGACGUUGUUCUGCAGAAGAGGCAGCCCAGGCUGGGAGAGCUGUAACUGGUCUCCAUCCUCUAACUGCAGUCAGACGGCCCAACAGUCGUAGCACAUUAUUUUGUACCCCCACUAUCAUAAUCUAUGUAGGGCUGACAGAUGCGGCAGGAGGACGGCCAUGUAGUUAAAACCAGAUCAUGUUCUACAUUUUGUUUAAUUAAUAACAUUUAACCUCAUCUCCCUUGAAGUCAGAUUGGUAAGUGAUCGUGUAGAGGUUAGAACCUGAGACAUGGAUGGGGAGGUGAGGUGUAUGUGUGUGUGUGGAGGGGUAUGAGGUGUCAGUUUGAUCUGGGGAUGAUGGAGUAAUGGAUCUUGAGGCCGAACUGUAACUAGAGACGUCACUAGCAGGAAGGGUGAGUGCCCAUUGAACCACCGCUGAAUAUUGACAGACACAUGAGGAGUCGUGUCUCCUUGGUUUUAUUUCUCGUUAAGAAGUAUGUCCUCACAUUUUAAAAUGAUGUUGUCUUUUUGGUUGAAAACGCUUGUUCUUUGUAGACCAGACGUGUUUGUACAGAAUAUGUGAACAAUAAAAAAAAUGUUUUGCAUAUAUUUAUACCUAAUGUCCCCAAUAAAGAUUGUCAUAUUCCUUU